GAGCCAAUAGCCGCGCGGAGGUUUGACAGGAGGGCGGGGCGGCGCGGCGGCGCCCGAGCGGAGGUCGGGAGUCGCCUGACCGGAUGGUGGAAGUUCGCUCGCUGGCUCCACUUGUGCCAGAGCGUCGGACGGAACCGAGGGAGCGAGUCCAGGCACGCAGCGGCUCUCGGCGGGGGGGAGCGGCGCCAUGGGGAACCGCGGCAUGGAGGAUCUCAUUCCGCUCGUCAACAAGCUGCAGGACGCGUUCAGCUCCAUCGGCCAGAGCUGCAACCUGGACCUGCCGCAGAUCGCCGUGGUGGGCGGGCAGAGCGCGGGCAAGAGCUCCGUGCUCGAGAACUUCGUGGGCAGGGACUUCCUGCCCCGAGGGUCAGGCAUUGUCACCCGCAGGCCACUCAUCCUCCAGCUGGUGAACAGUAAAGCCGAGUAUGCAGAGUUCCUGCACUGCAAGGGGCGCAAGUUUGUGGAUUUUGAGGAGGUGCGAGCGGAGAUCGAGGCCGAGACAGACAGGGUGACGGGCUCCAACAAAGGCAUCUCUCCCAUCCCCAUCAACCUGAGGGUGUACUCGCCCAAUGUGCUGAACCUUACCCUCAUCGACCUGCCCGGAAUGACCAAGGUGGCCGUGGGUGACCAGCCUCCUGACAUCGAGCAGCAGAUCCGCGACAUGCUGCUGCAAUUCGUAACCAAGGAGAGCUGCCUCAUCCUGGCCGUGACGCCUGCCAACACAGACCUGGCCAACUCGGAUGCCCUCAAAAUCGCCAAGGAGGUGGACCCUCAGGGAUUGCGAACCAUCGGUGUCAUCACCAAGCUGGACCUGAUGGACGAGGGGACGGAUGCCAGGGAUAUCCUGGAGAACAAGUUGCUGCCGCUCCGCAGGGGCUACAUCGGGGUUGUGAACCGCAGCCAAAAGGAUAUUGAUGGCAAAAAGGACAUCCGUGCUGCCCUGGCGGCUGAGAGGAAGUUCUUCCUGUCACACCCGGCCUACCGACACAUAGCGGAGCGCAUGGGGACGCCCCACCUCCAAAAGACCCUCAACCAGCAACUGACGAACCACAUCAGGGACACCCUGCCGGGACUGCGCAGCAAACUGCAGAGCCAGCUGCUGUCCCUGGAGAAGGAGGUGGAGGAGUACAAGAACUUCCGUCCUGACGACCCAACGCGGAAGACCAAGGCCCUGCUGCAGAUGGUGCAGCAAUUUGGUGUGGACUUUGAGAAGCGCAUCGAGGGCUCCGGGGACCAGGUGGAUACGGUGGAGCUGUCGGGCGGCGCUCGGAUCAACCGCAUCUUCCACGAACGCUUCCCCUUCGAGCUGGUCAAGAUGGAGUUUGACGAGAAGGAGCUGCGACGGGAGAUCAGCUACGCCAUCAAGAAUAUCCAUGGCGUGAGAACGGGCCUGUUCACACCUGACCUGGCCUUCGAGGCCAUAGUCAAGCAGCAGAUCCUUAAACUGAAGGAACCCAGCUUGAAGUGCGUUGACCUGGUUGUGACGGAGCUGAGCGCUCUUGUGCAAAAAUGUACCGAGAAGCUGGCCUCGUACCCAAGACUGCGUGAGGAGACCGAGCGCAUUGUCACCACCCACAUUCGAGAGAGGGACAGCAAGACCAAAGAGCAGGUCCUGCUGCUGAUUGACAUUGAGCUCUCUUACAUCAACACGAACCACGAGGACUUCAUCGGCUUCGCCAACGCCCAGCAGAGAAACGCAAGUGUGAACAAGAAGAGGGCCAUGCCAAACCAGGUGAUCCGCCGCGGUUGGCUCACUAUCAACAUCAGCAUCAUGAAGGGGGGGUCCAAGGACUACUGGUUUGUGCUGACAGCCGAGUCGCUCUCCUGGUACAAGGAUGAGGAGGAGAAGGAGAAGAAAUACAUGCUCCCCCUGGACAACCUGAAGUUGAGGGAUGUCGAGAAGGGAUUCAUGUCCACCAAGCACACGUUUGCAAUCUUCAACACAGAGCAGAGGAAUGUGUACAAGGACCUGCGUCAGAUCGAACUGGCCUGCGACUCUCAGGAAGACGUGGACAGCUGGAAGGCCUCCUUCCUGAGGGCCGGAGUGUACCCUGAGAAGGACCAGGUGGAAAACGACGAAGGCGGCCCGGCCGACACCUUCUCCAUGGACCCUCAGUUGGAGCGCCAGGUGGAGACCAUCCGCAACCUGGUGGACUCCUACAUUGGCAUCGUCAACAAGUCCAUUCGCGACCUCAUGCCCAAGACCAUCAUGCACCUCAUGAUCAACAACACCAAGGACUUCAUCCACUCGGAGCUCCUGGCCUACCUGUACUCGUCGGGGGACCAGAACAGCCUGAUGGAGGAGUCGGCGGAGCAGGCGCAGCGACGCGACGAGAUGCUACGCAUGUACCACGCCCUGAAGGAGGCGCUGCUCAUCAUCGGUGACAUCAGCACCACCACGGUGUCCGUGCCCAUGCCUCCACCGGUGGACGACACCUGGAUCCAGGCCAGCCCUCCCUCUCAGCACAAGCCAUCCUCGACCGCCCCGGCUCCCACUCGCCCGCCGGCAGUGAGGGGCCCCAUGCCGGCACCGCCGCUCGCCCCAACGCUCGCCUUCCCGGCGCCGCCCAUUCCAUCUCGACCGGGGCCACCCGGCAACGCUUUUGGGGCCGGCGCUCAGGACCCCUUCUCUGCCCCUCCGCAGAUACCUUCCCGGCCGGCACGCAUCCCCCCUGCGUUGCCCCCUGGAGUCCCCAGCCGGAGACCCCCAGCUGCCCCGAAUCGGCCCACCAUAAUCCGCCCAUCGGAGCCCUCCUUGCUAGACUAGGCCAGAGCGUCUGCUUUAAGAGCUUCUGGCUUAUGAGAGCUGCCUGGGGGUGGGGUCAGAGGCAGCAAAGGGGAGGGGCUUAGAGCAAGGGAUGUGGUCACCAGCCACUCAGGGACUCUGUAUUCACAUAGAAAUGUUUACUGGUCGUUUGUUUCCUGAAAUCUUUAGUUUUUAUCAUCUUCUGCCGUUUAGUGAGGGCCUCGGGGCCCAAAAA